AUGUCAUGGUGGGACUGCCUCGCUGGAUGCUGGCCACGUUCGUGCCGGUGGUCCCACGAACGUGUCUCCGCGCCGUUGGUCUUUGACAGCUGCAUUGUGCGGCGGAUAUGCUCGUCGAGCGGCUUGAACUACAAGCUGAUCAUCUCACUGCCGCAUUCCUACAACCAUCCAGAGGCUUCCAGAGAGAGCUAUCCCGUGGUCUAUGCCUUAGAUGCCGAACCUUACCUCUUCCCACUGCUCGCGGUCGUGGCCCGCACUGAACACUUCUUCAAGCGGAGCACCUGGUUUCCUGACUUGAUCAUCGUUGGCAUCACCGCAGACCUCGAGAAGGACUGUCAGAACUCCUCGGGCAUCAACGUGAAAAAGCUGUGGGAUGAGCUUCGUCCAACUCGAGCCAGGGAUUACCUACCCACAUCGGCCGAAAGCCCUUGGGGUGCACCAGGGGCUUCUUCACUGAAGGAUGUCUCUGGCCAUGCGAGCACCUUCUGUGACUUCCUGUCCUCGAUGGUCGUUCCAUAUGUGGAUCACCACUUCCGCACCACGAAGCAAGGACGAGCUUUGAUCGGCAAGUCGUUUGGCGGCUCCGGAGUAGCGCAUGCAAUGCUGGAUGCAGGCUGCUCGCGUUGCUUUCAGUACUUCCUGUUGGGUUCUCCUUCUUUGGCCUGGGACAACAAAGCCUUCUUCCGACUUGAAGAAGAACAUCAUCGAACGCUGACACCACUGGAGGCUUGCGUGUAUGCCUCCUGCGGGAGCAAAGAAGAGAGCCAGAAACAACUCUUGCAAGACUUCCGAAGUGUACUCGAGAGCCGCUGCUAUCCAAAUCUCUCGAUCACCCUGGAAGUGGUGGAAGGAGAAGACCACGGUUCCCUCUCCUAUCCCUUCGCUUGUCGCUCCAUGCGCUGGCUCCGGGACCGCUUGGCGGACACCAGGAUCUGA